UUAUUACACAUUUAUACUAAUAAAGUUACAAAAAGUGCGACGAAGCUUUCAAGUCAUGGCUUUGUGUUUAAACCAACACAUGUUAUCCCCAAUUAUCUUUGUCGUUAGUGUUUUAUGCUUAUUGGCAAAUCAUUCCAUUGCUGAGGAACUUCCAAGGUUCAAACAUCAUCUAAAACCACAACAACAAUCUCUUAAUUUUUUGGUCGUUGGAGAUUGGGGAAGAAAAGGAAACUACAAUCAAUCUUUUGUUGCCCAUCAGAUGGGAAUAGUGGGAGAAAAUCUGAAUAUUGAUUUUGUGAUUUCAACUGGAGAUAAUUUUUACGAUGAUGGCCUAGUAGGAGUUGAUGAUCCAGCAUUCUACGAGUCCUUUGUCGACAUCUACACUGCCCCAAGCUUGCAAAAGAUUUGGUACAGUGUUUUGGGAAACCAUGACUACAGAGGUGAUGUUGAAGCACAAUUAAGCCCAAUUCUAAGACAAAAAGAUAGUAGAUGGCUUUGCCUGAGAUCUUUCAUUCUUGAUGGAGGAAUUGUGGAAUUUUUCUUUGUGGAUACAACUCCAUUCGUAGAAAAGUACUUUACAGAACCAGAAGAUCACACCUAUGAUUGGAGAGGUGUGCUUCCUCGUGAAUCUUACGUUGCAGAACUCUUGAAGAAUGUUGAUUCAGCUUUGAAGCAAUCCAAUGCAAAAUGGAAGAUAGUGGUGGGUCAUCACACCAUCAAAACUGCUGGGCAUCAUGGUAACACUCAAGAGCUUGAAGAGCUCCUUCUUCCCAUCUUAAAGUCAAACAAUGUUGAGGCAUACAUAAAUGGACAUGACCAUUGCUUGGAGCACAUAAUUGACAAAGAGAGUGGAACUCAAUUUUUCACAAGUGGAGGCGGAUCGAAGGCGUGGAGGGGCGACAUCAAGCCAUGGAACCCGGAAGAAUUGAAGUUGUAUCAUGAUGGUCAAGGAUUCAUGUCUGUGCAGAUCACAAACACCAUUGCAGAUUUUGUAUUCUAUGAUGUUUUUGGCAAGGUUUUGCAUACGUGGACGAUAUCCAAAGAACAUAAAGCAGCUGAAUAGAUACAAUAAGCUAAAAAUAUACAUGUCAUUUUUAUUUUGUGGAGGAUAUAUUCCAACAAAUAUUUCACUCUCAAAAAGGAACUAUUAUUCCUUACUUAUUUUUAUGCACAUAUGUAAUUUGGCAAAGCACCUUAUUAUACACUCUACUCUACUCUGAUUUUUUUUGGAGGAUAUAUAUUAUUAUAUUGGAUAAACAAUUAUUUCUAAA